AUGAAGCAGAAAGUCGCUGUCCGCAGAACAAACUCGAGAAGUGAGGAGGUGGGUGGGGUGGAAGAGACGGAGGAUAGACGGGCGGUGCCACUCCCCCACCAUAAGGUCAGGCCGGGGUUCAGCCAGGAACCAGCCACCAGACAUGCACGUAUGCACGGUUUGUCGAAGAUAAGAGCACGACGCCACUAUAAAAGAAGGGUUGCCGUCUGGAAACUUGUUCCAAUUAUCGGAAAGAUGGCGCGGAUGUGGAUUCGUAUUGCUGGCUUCCUCCAUAGAGGUCGUGUCAACGAGUGCAAGGUGGUGCGGGAGAGGGUGCGAGAUUGGGCAAAUAUGGUCAUUUUGGUCGGGUUGUUGCCUAUGGAAAGUCACCGCGACACCAAGGAAUAA